CUUCGAAGGAAUCUCAACUUACCACCAGCCAAUCAACUUGCUAACGGCUAACCGAUUAAACAGUUUCAAAAAACACAGUUUUUAACACCUUUUCGUGCGAUCCUCAGUUUUUCCGUUUGGUCAGUUGUCAUUCAUUCAGUCGAUUUGCAGGUGCAAAAAGAGUGGCAUACAUUUGUGCGCUCUCAUUGGUUCAAAUUCCAAACUUAAUUGAAAAACUUUUUAAGGCACUUUUCCCUUGAAUUCCGGACAUUGUGAAAAGUAAAAAUCCAGUUAAAUCAGUGCUCGCAAUCUGAAGAAUAUCUUUGCAUAAACUUUAACUAAAACUCGAUUUAAAUUUUAAAUAAAAGAAGCGGUUAAGUGAAACCGCGUUACAUUAUACACACAGUUUCUCAUCAACGCAAGUAAAAAUGUUUCAUUUGAAGCGCCAACUGAGUCAAGGCUGUGCCCUGGCCCUCAUCUGCUUGGUGACUCUCCAGAUGCAGCAGUCCACCCAGGCGGAGGUGUCGCCAGUUCAAGGCACUCCCCUGAGCAAUCUAUAUGAUAAUCUGCUGCAGCGCGAGUACGCCGGCCCAGUGGUCUUUCCCAAUCAUCAGGUGGAACGCAAGGCCCAGCGUUCGCCCUCGUUGCGUUUGCGAUUCGGACGCAGUGAUCCGGACAUGCUGAACAAUAUUGUGGAGAAGCGUUGGUUCGGCGACGUCAACCAGAAGCCCAUCAGGUCGCCCUCCCUGCGCCUGCGAUUCGGCAGGCGGGAUCCCAAUUUGCCCCAGAUGCGACGGACCGCCUAUGAUGACCUCCUGGAGCGGGAGCUCACCCUCAACAGCCAGCAACAGCAGCAGCAGCAGUUGGGUUCCGAGGGGGAUGCCGAUCUGGGUGCCGAUUACGAUGGUCUCUACGAGCGGGUGGUGCGAAAGCCACAGCGUCUUCGCUGGGGACGCAGUGUGCCCCAGUUCGACACGAACAAUGCGGACAAUGAACAGAUGGAACGCUCGCAGUGGUACAACUCGGUGUUAAACUCGGAAAAAAUGCGCCGCAUGCUUAUGGCCCUGCAGCAGUACGAAUCGCCGGAAAACGUGGCCAGUUAUGCCAACGAAGAGGAUACCGAUGCUGAUCUGAAUAACGAUACAUCCGAGUUCCAGCGAGAGGUGCGUAAGCCCAUGCGUUUGCGAUGGGGACGAAGCACCGGAAAGGCUCCCUCCGAACAGAAGCACACUCCAGAGGAAACUUCAUCGGUCCCACCCAAGACACAGAACUAAAUUAUUGAUAAACAGCCAUGUGAGGGAACCGCAGGAGAAUGGCAAACAAUUAAAUGAAAUCGGAAGCAAGCUACACGGUCAAUAUCCAAAGCCAAAUAAGAUACAGAAAACAUAUAAAACCCAAGUCAGACAAAGUUUUUGAAUGCAUUUUUGAGAUCGCAGGGAGGCAUGGGCUAAGAAAUACAUACUAAUGAACAUAUAUCUUAUAUAUAUUAUUAACCAUUUACGUGUAACUUUUGAUUUUGAGCUAACGUACUAACUAUUAAAAUAAACAAAAACUUAUAAAACUAUUUGUUCAGUAAACUUUAACAAUGCGCAGGUAAAACAAGGUAAACAACAAAUUUGACUUAGAGUUAGUUGAAGUGUGUACUUUUUUUACAAUUUCUUGUUGAGUUGUAUUUAAUAAAAUACUUUAAAAUGUUUUAUAUUACUUUAAAGGUUUUAUGUAUGUAUCACCAGCCACCCAUCAAAAUAGUAAAGCCUCCUUAUUCCUUAGAUGCUCAAUUAAAGAACUUUUAAAUUAUUCGAUUGCCCAAAAACUUUUAGACUCAAUGUAUAUAAAGAAAUUAUGGAACUUUUAAAAAUUAGUGCAAAUUUGUUAUAAUAACGCUAAAAAUCUAUACAAAAAAAUAUUAUUAUUCUAUGAAUGAAACCAAUUCUUGUUUUCUAAACUUGUAAGCGAAUUUCGAUUUAAUGUUACGAUGGAAGUGUUUGAAAAACAUAGAGGCCCCCGGAAGCUGUAUUACUGUAACACUUGUUAUAUUAUGUGUGCUACAAAUUAUAAAUAUAUGUAUAUCAACUAUUAUAUUAUACGACUAUAUAUAUAUAUAAAUAUACGAUGAACAUUGUCUAUUGAAAUUUUAUUGAUGUAUUUUAAUAAAAGGAGAAAUCAAUUAUCAAACAAGCAGGCAUAAAGCUGAACAUUGUUAGAACACUUUUGUAUAUUUAAUUUACACCAUCAUUGAAAUUAUUGUUUACCAAACAAAAAUAUGAUAAAGAAAGUACACUUUGUGGUAAAAUCAUAUCCAGCUGAAAGCCAUUUUUCGUUGAAAAUUGGGCAAAACCUUUUCCCGCGAUAUAUAUCAGUAUAUACGCAUAUAUACCUUUUAAUGAAUGUAAUAUCAUGAAUGUAAAUACAAGAGCAGGAAUAAAUUAAAGCAAACAUAUUUUACUCGAUCUAUGCUACAAAUAAAUAACUCAGAUGGAGUAAAAACUUA